UUGAACAGACUGUCCAACCUAUGUCUAGUGGCACAGCGGUCUUAGCCUCGGUUUCACUAUACUCCAGGUGUUCUUCUUUCAUGGCUUCCGAGAUGGCGGACUUCCACGAUAUGUGGCAAGACAUAGAGAGCGUGUUAUUAGGAGAUAUGGCCGGUCCUUGUACCCCGAACGGAAUGCAGUCCAUCCAGACAGAAAGCCGACCGCUCCCUCCUUCCGCUGUCACCGCCAUUACUCCGGUAGAACUCACUUCGGUACCGCGCCAACAGUUUCCGACACAACAACAAUUACUGUCCCCGGUAGCCACUCUCCAGUACGCAGCACCGCCUCAGAUGGUAGACGGCCGUCGACCGGAAGAAAAUCGCUUGGAAAUGGAUCUGGGGAUAACUUUAGAAGGAAUCAAGCAAGCUUAUAACGAGGAAUCAGCUAUUUCAAACCCUAACGUUAAAUGUGAAAUGGUUAUGAAUGGGCCGCUACCUGAUGCUACUAAUAAUACGGAAUCGCUUCGUAUAUACAACCCUAUCCCUUAUGGUCAGAGGUAUAAUACUGUGUAUUCUGAGAUCAAAUAUGAAAAUCAACAUUGCCCUAACAAUCCAACUACGGAAUAUUUUAGUGGUCACUGGACAGCCUACAAUUGUGCGAUGCCCAGUCAUCAUGUUUCACCUCCAGUCACUCCAGACAAUCAUACAAUCAGAUAUACUUACCAGACUGACCCUUACGGAGGCUAUCACCCAACUAUGGCCAAAGCACCUACUGGAUUAUUUCGACAACAUUCGUCGUCAAACAUGCCCCAAACAUAUCCCUCCCCAUAUCCUACUCAUUCUAGAAUGGUGACUCCACCCACUUCUCCUCAUCUGGCCGAGCUUCUGGCCUCUGGCCGAAGCUCUGUUGGAGGUAAUACAUUGUGUUCUGGAGAUUCUCUUCAGCCCGCACCACCUAAACCUCGGCGUGUUCGCCGAUCUAGGGGUCCCAAAAAAGUAACUGUUCACAAUUGCUCUUAUCCUGGUUGUACGAAAACCUACUCUAAAAGUUCGCAUCUGAAAGCUCACCUCCGGACUCAUACCGGUGAGAAACCCUACCAGUGCACGUGGAAAGGAUGUAGCUGGAAAUUCGCCCGCUCUGACGAAUUGACCAGACACUACCGAAAACAUACUGGUGACAGACCCUUCCAGUGUCGUCUAUGUGAGCGUGCAUUUUCCAGGUCGGACCAUUUGUCGCUCCAUAUGAAAAGACAUUCCGAAAUUGUUUGAUUUAGUGAUCAGGCGGUUUAUACGAGGUCAGGUUGUGGAUGUCGGUUUACUGUAUGUCCCGAUGACAGAUCUCUGAAAGCCGCCAUGGUACCAAUAAAGGCGUGCUCUAGUCAUGAACGGUUGAUUAGACCCUACUCACAUACCCCCUCCCCCUACCUGAUGUCCCGAAGGUUCUUCCAAUUUCGUUAACUCUUGCUAGGCCUCGACUAUUGGGAAUAUGAACAAUGUCCAUUGAUUCAAUCAAAGUGUAUUCUACAAGACGGUUAGUGAAGGUGUCAUUGAUCGAGCUGGGAGAAGUAACAGAAUGUCUAAGAAGAACAGAAUCGGUGAUUUUCCUUCCUUUCAAAAAAAUUUAG